AUGCCUAACUGGCACAGCAGAGGAGGAGUAGGAACGGUCGCAAUUGCAGGGGCAGGACCAAGGGGAGCUCGGUGCUUCUCGGUCUCGGCGCCGCGCCGACAGAUCCUCGACGUGUCGAUGCUGCCCGACCGCAUCGUCCCGCACUACCAGCAGACGGCGACAUCGUCGCUGCUCGCGCUGCACUGGCCACAGCCGCCGCGCACGAUCCUGCUCAUGCCGAAGCUGCACGCACCAAAGGUGACGCUGUCGGCCAUCGAGUUCGCCAAGCACGUCCACGGGAACUACCCGGGCCUGCACCUCGUCUUCGAGAGCCACGUCGCGAGGAACAUCCACGAAGCCCUGCCGUUCCCCAUCUACACGGCAGACCCCGGCGUCUCCACCGAGAGGUUCGCUCGAAAGAUCGACCUCAUCACGACCAUGGGCGGGGACGGCACGAUCCUGCGCGCGGCGAGCCUCUUCUCGACACACAACAGCAUGCCCCCGAUCCUGUCCUUUAGCAUGGGCACCUUGGGGUUUCUGGGCGAAUGGAAGUUCGAAGAGUAUAAGCGUGCGUUCAGGGAGUGCUACAUGAGCGGCUGUCCCGUCCCCGUCGAGGACCUGGUCUCUCCCCAUACCCGGGCCGCCGCGGCAGCCGCCACAAAUCGCCAGCCGCGGGAGUCGGGAGGUCAAGGCGACAAUGGUAUGGCCGUUGCGGCGCCGCCAUUACCUUCUCCGUCUUGGGACAGUGUUCGAGGGAAUGGGAAGUGCAUGGGGCUCAACCGAACGUCCAAGAUUCUGUUGAGGAACAGGCUACGCGUCGGCAUAUACGAUAGCGAGGGCAGAAACAUCAACGAGCAGCUGAACCCCACCUCGGUUUCGGAGCCCGACCUUGGCGCGCCACCGUUCUCCUCGGGCAGUGACGCUGGGGACUUGACGCCGCCACUUCGCUCGGCCGUCAGCGGUGUGGACAACGGGCGGAUCCCGCCCUCUCUCCAUGCCAUCAACGAGAUAUCCAUCGACCGCGGCAUUCAUCCCCACCUGGCAAUACUCGACAUCUACGUCAACGGGCAUCACUUGACAGAGGCGGUUGCCGACGGCAUUCUAAUCAGCACCCCCACGGGAUCGACGGCCUAUAGUCUCAGCGCGGGUGGCUCCAUCGUCCAUCCAUUAGUCAAGUCCAUCCUAAUCACGCCCAUAAGCCCGCGCAGCCUGAGUUUCCGGCCGCUAGUGCUCCCGCUCCACACCAAGGUGGUUCUCCGGCUGAGCAAGAGGAACCGCGGGAGGGAGCUGCCCGUCAGCAUCGACGGGAAGAGGCGGGUGGGUGUGACGAUUGGCAUGGAGGUCAGAGUCGAGGGGGAGAGGCUCGAGAGGACGGCAGACGGCUGGAGAGGCGGUGUUCCCUGCGUUAUCCGCGCGUCAUCGCGAGCGGGGGACUCUGAUGGAACUGCCGAGGACGACGAUUCCUGGGUGGGCGGCCUGAACGGCCUGCUCAAGUUCAACUACCCGUUGGGCGAGCAUUGA